UGAAAUCGAGCGGAAUUCAGUCGCACACUUAGCGUACUAACGUUGUUAGCGUCCGGUCAUCGUGGGGGGUUCUCGUUCUCGCACGGAUCUUCAUUACUUGGCACCACCUCACCAAUUGAUUAAUUAGUGGCGCCUAGAUACCGCGGGACUCCCAAGACGUUCGACUGUCAGUUUGUAAUUCAUCACGCCUCGUCAUCACUGGAGUCUGUAAAAUUGCUGCGAAACUUCGUAUCCAAAUCACGAUGCUAGCGAUUCGAUUUUCGCUGAUCGUUGCCUUUACGGUAGCCGCCAAUCCUGACGGCUUAAGCACAACGACCCCCGAAGAUAGACGGGCGGGCAGUUCACAAUUUGACGUUUACUGGAACGUGCCCAGCUUUAUGUGCCACAAAUAUGACGUGAAAUUCGAGGAUCUCAAGGAUUUUGGGAUUCGUCAAAAUGUUGAAGACAAAUUCCGCGGUGAAGAGAUCGCGAUUCUUUAUGAUCCUGGAAUGUUUCCAGCAUUGUUGACCGAUAAAAAUGGAGUUGUAAUAAAGAGAAACGGUGGUGUUCCCCAAGAGGGUGACUUAAAAACACACCUCGAGGUAUUUCGGAAGCACUUAGUCAAGCAAAUCCCCGACGAGUCGUUCAGCGGCGUGGGCGUGAUAGACUUCGAGAGCUGGCGGCCGAUCUUCCGACAGAAUUGGGCCUCCCUCGAACCUUACAAAACUCUGUCCAUAAAAUUGGAACGUGAAAGGCAUCUCUUUUGGAGCGAGGCGGCCAUCAAAAAAGAAGCAAAGCGUCGCUUCGAAAAGUAUGGAAGAAUAUUCAUGGAGGAGACUUUGAAGAUGGCGAAGAAACUUCGAUCUAAGGGGGCCUGGGGCUACUACGGCUAUCCGCAUUGCUUUAAUCAGACGCCUAACCAACCCACCGCGCACUGCAAUCGUGCUGUAUUAUUGGAGAACGACGAAACAUCUUGGCUCUUCGCGCUCGAGGACGUCCACUUGCCUUCCGUGUACUUGAGGCAGGGAAUCAAAGAGGGGGAUCGGCCGGGCUUCGUAAAGGGCAGGGUGUCAGAGGCAUUGCGAUUAGCGGCAAAGACCUCGCGCCGACAACAGGUCCUUCCCUACCACUGGUUCAAGUAUCAGGAUAACAGGAAUAAGUUUCUGACUAAGAAAGACGCGGAGAACACAAUUAACACAAUCUCUAAUCUCGGCGCGGACGGUCUCAUCAUUUGGGGCAGCUCCGAGGACACGGACACGGAGCAAAAGUGCAAGGACUUGCAGCAAUACGUGAGGGAGAUCCUAGGACCGGCGAUAAAGCGUAUAAAAUAACGCGUAAAAUAACGUCGAGCUAUCGUUUAGUACAAAUAGUAUUUUUUAAUUAAUUUUUUUUUAAUUUGUAAUUUAACUUCUUAGUUUCCACACGAUUGGAAUUUACAUGACGAGUGGCACUCUUACGAUUCUGACGUUCUUAUUGUACUCGACAUCGUUUGAUAUAUUCAUAAGUUUAUUUUAACUUUUGUAAAUUUAGAUAAAUGUAGGAAAAAAUACCCACUGAAAAAAAGUUAUGAAUUUCAAGGAGGAGCCGUAUAGAUAUCGAGAGAGAAAGAGAGGGAAAAGGUCGCGCCGCCAGUCCUGCCGAAGCCCGAAUUCUUAGCGGCAGCCCUUAGUAAUCUCGUUAACGUCAGCGAAGGCGCGCGUCGCGGACGUCCGACUCGCCGUCCCCGAAUCCUCCUCUUCGUCACCUUCGCGCCGCGCUCCGCCCUGAAACGAGCGAUCGCGCGCGCGUUCCGGUCGUGACGACCGCGACGACGAUGACGACGAUGAGAGAACGCGCACCAUGCCUGGCGUACGACAAGUUUUACUGGUUCGCGGUGUAACGCCUCGGGCGAUACGCUUUUUACAGUACGCGCGACGCGUAGCAAGAGAGACGGGGCGAUUCCAAUGAUCUCUCUUGCUCACGGUUGAUCUCGUCUCCCCCCUUUCGUGUUCGCCUCCACCAGCCGCCGUGUCCUUUCUCUCCGCUCUGUCGCACCUUCGGUGAACGCCGACGUCGGGGCGCGAGAUCGACGAAGAGGGAGGACGGGAACGGGAACGCGGCGCGGAACG